AUGCCUAAUAAUGGUCAUGGAAGAAGAACAUCUAGAAGGUUAACACAAAAUGGUUCUUCAAGUAUAAAUUAUAAUGAAAAUUCAACUAUAAACACGAAUGCAAAUCAAUCAAACCCACCUAAAAGAACUAAUACUUCAACAUCAAAGGGACUGAGUAAAAGGCGAAAGAUAGUAGCAGAACCAACUAAAGAAGAAAAAUUAAGUCGAAUAAUGACCGAUUUUAAUCUUGCAAUUAAUGAAUUAUUCCAAUUAAAUCAUUAUAAAACAAUUGUACCCUGGGAACCAUCUCAAUUUUCAUCAAUACAACAACACCUACCUGAACCAUUCAUAAAUUUUAAAGAAUCAAAUAAUAAUUUGGAAUUGAAAUGGGAUAAUGAAUUACAAGAUGAUAAUGAAUUAAGUAACUUACCACUUCGAUUUCAAAAAAAGAGACUAGCUGAAAUUGAACAACAAUUGGAAGAGAAAUAUCCAUUCAGAGCAGAAGUUAUAGAAAAAGCAAAAGAAUUGGAAAGAGAAAUUAUUAAUAGCUUAAACGAUGAUGUGCGAUAUGUUCAACAUCAAAAUAUACCGAAAAAGACACCAAUUACACAACCAAAGAAAGGUAGACCUGGAAGACCUCCUAAAAAGAAAGUAGAAGAAUUACCAGAUAGUGAUAUAGAGGAAGUGAUACCAUUGGAUGAGGAGUUUCAAGAAGAAUUGGAAAAUCAUCAAGCAUUGGAAGAUAGUGAUGAUGAUGAAGAAGAAGAAUCAACUACAACCCAAUUUAAUCCUAGAAUAAAAUCAAUCAAACAUACUAUACCUACUCCAAUAGUGACACAUCCAUCGCAUCUACCAACUUGGAGAAUACAACCACCUGAAAGAUUGAAUCUUGGAUCAAGAAUAGUCGAUAUUUCGGGAGAUGUAAAUAACGACGAAGAUAAUAUAUCAAAAUUUGAUCCGACACCAUUAACAAUAAUACAAAAUAAGGAAGAAAUAAUAAUAGCUCCUGAAUUAGCUCACAAAUUAUCACAAUUUUUAGAAUCAAAUUGUAAAACUCCAAUCAUAGAUGAAGGUAAUGUUCCACCAGAGUAUAAUUUCACAAAAGAAGAAUACGAUACCAUUUUACAACAACAAUCAGACAUGUUUAAACAAAUACAGCAUAAAAUUGAAGUGGAGAAUUGUAUUGAAUUAGUUAAUGAUCAUAUAGAAAGAAGAAAAAUUGUGCUUCCUCAAUUAAACACAAAAUUGACAGAUCCAUUCAGAUCUACAUCUUCAACCCAUCCAAAAAUUCAAGGAGUAGCAAACAAUCUCACAUUUCAAGAUCAUUUAAUUUCUCAAGGGGUUAAUUUCGCAAAGAUACAUCAACAAAUGAGAAAACAACACCAGUUUAAAACCAAAAAGAUUGCAACUAUGAUUGAAUCCCAUUUUAAAAAGAAGGCAGGUGAGAAAGAGAGGGCCAUAAAAGAAAGGGAACAAAAUUUGAAAAAAGUGUCAAGAUUGGCAAUACAAGCUGUCAAGAAAAGAUGGAACCAAGCUUUCAAAGUGUACCAAAUUAUUCAGAAUGAGAAAGAUGAAGAAUUGAAAAAGGAAAAGGGUAGAGAACAUUUAAGUCAGAUGUUGGAACAUUCUACUCAAUUAUUAGAAGCUCAAUUGACAUCAAGAGAAGGUACAGAAGAUAUAGAAAGUGAGAUACAAACUGAAAAUGAGUCUCAAUUUGGUUCUGGUUCUGAUAGUGAAAAUUUUUCAUCUAGUGAGUCUGAAAUUGAAGAAAAGAAUGAAGAAAAUGAUGAGAAAUUAUCCAUUGAACAAUUGAAAUUAAAAUAUGCCAACUUAGAAUCAUCAGUUGAACCAAUAGAAGAAAAAGAAGGAGAAAAGGUAGCAGAGGAUAAUGAAUAUGAAGUUGAAACUGAAAAUGAAGUUAAUCAAAAUGGUAACGGUUCAUUAUCUCCUUUAUAUGAUGGUGUUUUAAACUUACCGAAUUCAAAAUUAUCUGAUUUUUCAUCUGAAUAUACUGAAGAACAAAAAUCAUUAAUUGAAAAAUUGAAUGAAGAUUCAGAUACUGCUAAAAAUUCAUUAUUAAAUUCUGAUGAAAGUGAAUCAAUGACUGAUAGUGAAAGUGAAAGUGAAGAAGAGGAAGAGGAUAAUUCAGAAGAAGAUGUUAAACCUAAUGGUAAAUCAAAUGGUGGAUUAGCUAAUUUAUUUUCAACCCAAGUUGAUGACGAAGAUGCUGAUUUUGAUAUGGAAGAAGAAGAAGAAGAAGAAGACGACGAAGACGAAGACGAAUCUGGAUCUGAUAUGGAUAUUGAUAAUGAAGAGAAAAAAGUUCCAGUUUCUGAAACUGACGAUGAAUCCAAUGUUGAAAUUAUAAACGGUUCAAAAGUUAGAGAUGUUCCAAUUCCAUCAUUACUACGUGGUACAUUACGUCCCUAUCAAAAACAAGGUUUAAAUUGGCUUGCUAGUUUAUAUAACAACAAUACAAAUGGUAUAUUAGCUGAUGAAAUGGGUUUAGGUAAAACUAUUCAAACGAUAUCAGUAUUAGCUUAUUUAGCAUGUGAGAAACUUAUCUGGGGACCACAUCUAAUUAUUGUUCCAACUUCAGUUAUGCUUAACUGGGAAAUGGAAUUUAAAAAAUUUGCUCCAGGUUUCAAAGUAUUGACUUAUUAUGGAUCACCACAACAAAGAGCACAAAAGAGAAAAGGUUGGAAUAAGUCUGAUUCGUUUCAUGUUUGUAUUACGUCAUAUCAAUUAGUAGUUCAAGAUCAACAAUCAUUUAAAAGAAGAAAAUGGAGGUAUAUGAUAUUAGAUGAAGCUCAUAAUAUUAAAAAUUUUAGAUCAACAAGAUGGAGAGCAUUGUUGAAUUUUAACACUGAAAAUAGAUUAUUAUUAACAGGUACACCAUUACAAAAUAAUUUAAUGGAAUUAUGGUCAUUAUUAUAUUUCCUUAUGCCAUCAUCAAAAGUAAAUCAAGCUAUGCCUGAGGGUUUUGCAAAUCUUGAUGAUUUUCAACAAUGGUUUGGUAAACCAGUUGAUAAAAUAUUAGAGCAAACUACAUUAGGUACUAAUUCUGAUUUGAUUGAUGAGAAUGAGAAAACUACAUCGAGAAUGGAUCAAGAAACGAAGAAUACAGUUGCCAGAUUACAUCAAGUUCUUCGUCCUUAUUUACUAAGAAGAUUGAAAAAAGAUGUUGAACAACAAAUGCCUGGUAAAUUUGAACAUAUUGUUUAUUGUAGAUUAUCCAAAAGACAAAGAUACUUAUAUGAUGAUUUUAUGUCAAGAGCAAAAACAAAAGAAACUUUAGCAAGUGGUAAUUUUUUAUCAAUUAUCAAUUGUUUAAUGCAGUUGAGAAAAGUUUGUAAUCAUCCUGACUUAUUUGAAGUUAGACCAAUAGUUACAUCAUUUGCAUUACCUAAAUCAGCAAUUAGUUAUUAUCAAGGAACAAAUGAAAUAAUUAAAAAAUUAACCAACUGUUAUAAUGAGGUAAAUUUCAAUGUUUUGAAUUUAGAUAUCACAAAUUGUGAAAGUAUGAAUUAUUUUAUAUCCCAAUCUACCAACAACCUAAAAUCUUCAAAAGAUUUACAAUCUCAAAUUGAUCAAUUUGAUAAAUUGAGUCAAGGAUUAACAAAGAAUGAUUUAACUGAUUAUGUCACGUAUUAUCAACAUCUAAAAUUAGAAGAACAUGUGGAAAUAAAAGAAAAAUUGAAACAAAAAUUAUAUUUAAAUAAUUUAAGAUGUGAAAGAAGACCAAUAUUUGGAAAUUCAUUAUUAACUAAAUUGAAAUUACCACAAAAUGCUAAAUUAGAUAAAUUUAUAAUGACCAUACCUGAUAGAGUCAAUUCCAUGAGUGAUGAAAUUGAGAAAUAUUCAAUCAUUACUCCAUCUGUAGUUGCAUUAGAUAUGAAAGAUCAAAUUAUUCCAAUUCAAACUCAACGAAAAAUCAGAACCGAAGUUGCACAAAAUACCAUUACAAAUCCAUUUCAUAAAUCUCAAGUUAAAUUAUCUAUUGCAUUCCCAGAUAAAUCAUUAUUACAAUAUGAUUGUGGUAAAUUACAAAAAUUAGCUACAUUAUUACAAAAAUUAACAUCUGAAGGACAUAGAGCAUUAAUUUUUACCCAAAUGACAAAGGUUCUUGACAUUCUUGAACAAUUCUUAAAUAUUCAUGGAUAUAGAUAUAUGAGACUAGACGGAUCAACCAAAAUAGAAGAUAGACAACUUUUGACUGAACAAUUUAAUAGAGAUAAUAAAAUUCCGGUAUUUAUUUUAUCUACUAGAUCCGGUGGGUUAGGUAUAAAUUUAACGGGAGCGGAUACAGUUAUUUUUUAUGAUUCAGAUUGGAAUCCAGCAAUGGAUAAACAAUGUCAAGAUAGAUGUCAUAGAAUUGGACAAGUGAGAGAUGUUCAUAUUUAUAGAUUUGUUUCUGAAUUCACAAUUGAGUCAAAUAUAAUUAAAAAAGCAAAUCAAAAGAGACAAUUAGAUAAUGUUGUUAUACAAGAAGGUGAAUUCACAACAGAUUAUUUUGGAAAAUUUUCAGUUAAAGAUUUAGUUUCUGAUGAAAAUGUAAAUGUUGAAACUGACAGAUUUAUUGAUUUUUCAGGUGAUGCUAAAAUGUCAAAAGUAUUUGCACAAGCUGAAGAUGAAGAAGAUAGAAAAGCAGCAGGUAAUGCAAUGAAAGAAGUACAACAAAUAGAUGUAGAAGAUUUUAAUGAAGAAGGAGGAGAUAAACCAAGUGAAAUAAAAAAGAGUGUUCUUGAUGAUGAUGAUGAAAAUGCAGAUGCUGAUUUUGAUGAAGGUAUUGGUCAUAUUGAUGAAUAUAUGUUGAGAUUUAUUUCUGAUGGUUAUUAUUAUAACUAA